GUGACGUCGUAAUAAUGUCACGUCACAAUCAGCAGCUGCACGACCUUCAAAACUGAGUCCGACCAGUCGCGCAACAUUCCUCACGCAGUCAUGUCAAUGAAAGAAUCAAAGCCGAAUCUCAGCCAUUCCCAAGUUACAGAGAUAGUGAAACAACUCUUUGGCUUAACCGCAUCCAUUAUUCGUCCAUUGCCCAGUUAUGAUGAUCAGAACUUUUAUGUGGCCUCCAGUGACGGUGGCGAGUUCGUUCUGAAAAUUAUGAACUCUGCAGACAGUCAGAACUUCACUGUUCUAGAGCUGCAGACUCACGCUAUGAACUUCUUACACCAGAGAGGUCUUCCUGCCCAAACCGCUUUACCCACCCUGACUGGCCAACUCAUGAGCUUGGAAGAAAUUGAUUGUGGUUUUGGCAAACAGAAAUAUAUGGUCCGCUUGCUUACCUACCUGCCCGGCACUACAAUAGCCAAAAUUACCAGCAGUCCCCAGAUCUUGUAUGAGGUUGGGAAAAUAGCAGCCACUUUGGAUAAGGUUUUACUGCAAAUGGAGCAUCCAAACAUCAGUGCCUUCCAGAGAAAGAGUUUCAAAUGGAAUCUUGGCAGUAUUCCGCUCUUGAAUCAAUAUCUUCAUGUGAUGGAUGGGGAUCCUGUGCAAAAGAUUGUUAAAGGUGUUAUGGAGCAGUACCAGGCCCAAGAUGCGCCAAAACUAACACUGUUUCGCAAGUGCAUUAACCAUGGAGACAUCAAUGACCACAAUCUCUUGUUGGAACCCGACGGACCUUCAGCGUACAAGAUCUCAGGCAUUCUUGACUUUGGAGACAUGAGUAAUGGGUAUUUCAUAUUUGAGCUGGCCAUCGCAAUCAUGUACAUGAUGAUUGAAAACCCCAACCCGAUAGAUGUUGGAGGGCCAGUGGUGGCAGGAUGGGAAAGUGUUUUUCCUCUUAACGAUGCAGAAAGAGAUGCACUCUAUUUGCUGGUGCUGGGUCGGUUCUGCCAGUCUCUGGUUCUGGCCAGACAUGCCGUCAUUCAGCAACCAGAGAACGAGAAAUACUUGAUGACGACGGCCAAGACAGGUGUGCGCCACCUGUGUCGUCUUUGGGAACUGGGUAAAGAGAAAGUUGAAAGAAUUUGGUUCCUAAGUGCUGCACAGUUCAGUCAGGGAACAGUCAUAAACAGUUCCCUUGACUGAUCGCUGCAGCGAGGAAUAUACUAGUAUGUCUUGCAUUGAAGGAAUAAUUCUCUCAAAAAGGAAAUUCCUGUUGUAAUUUAUAUGUUGUUCCAAACCCAUAUGACUGAGGUGACAGAAUUUGUGACAUUUUGUAGAAAUUCCUUGAUUUUGUGCCAAACAAUUUGCUUGACACUGAUGUCUAUUCCAUGUUUUCUUGUUAUCUGUUUGCUUUUGAUCUCAGAACUGACGUGAGCAGAUGGCAUAGUGGAAGAUUAUGUAUAUAUUCCUAUAUCAUAUAAAUAAAGAUCUUAUAACAGACCAUAUAUAUAUAUAUAUAUAUAUAUAUAUAUAUAUAUAUGCCCACUCCAGAACCUUCACCUUUUUCUGCUGUAACCACUGGAGGGUCAACUUGGCCUUGUGCUUAGGGUCAUUGUCAUGCUGGAAAGUCCAAGAGCGUCCCAUGUGCAGCUUUCAUGCAGAAGAAUGCAAAUAGUCUGCCAGUAUUUUCUGAUAACAUGCUGCAUUCAUCUUGCCAUCAAUUUUCACAAGAUUCCCCGUGCCUUUAGAGCUCACACACCCCCAAAACAUCAGUGAGCCACCACCAUGCUUCACAGUGGGGAUAGUAUUCUUUUCACUAGUGCCCAACAGGAGUGCCUGAAAGCAGUGGCAAAACUCCGGUUCUUAAAGGGGCCAAGUCCAAUUUAUGACUAGAGUUAAAUUACAUGAAAUUUCUCUACAUGGCUACAUAUAUAUACACUAUAUUGCCAAAAGUAUUCACUCACCCAUCCAAAUAAUUGAAUUCAGGUGUUCCAAUCACUUCCAUGGCCACAGGUGUAUAAAAUGAAGCACCUAGGCAUGCAGACUGCUUCUACAAACAUUUGUGAAAGAAUGGGCCGCUCUCAGGAGCUCAGUGAAUUCCAGCGUGGUACUGUGAUAGGAUGCCACCUGUGCAACAAUCCAGUCGUGAAAGUUCCUCGCUACUAAAUAUUCCACAGUCAACUGUCAGUGGUAUUAUAACAAAGUGGAAGCGAUUGGGAAUGACAGCAACUCAGCCACGAAGUGGUAGGCCACGUAAAAUGACAGAGCGGGGUCAGCGGAUGCUGAGGCGCAUAGUGCGCAGAGGUCGCCAACUUUCUGCAGAGUCAAUCGCUACAGACCUCCAAAGUUCAUGUGGCCUUCAGAUUAGCUCAAGAACAGUGCAUAGAGAGCUUCAUGGAAUGGGUUUCCAUGGCCGAGCAGCUGCAUCCAAGCCAUACAUCACCAAGUGCAAUGCAAAGCGUCGGAUGCAGUGGUGUAAAGCACGCCGCCACUGGACUCUAGAGCAGUGGAGACGUGUUCUCUGGAGUGACGAAUCACGCUUCUCCAUCUGGCAAUCUGAUGGACGAGUCUGAGUUUGGCGGUUGCCAGGAGAACGGUACUUGUCUGACUGCAUUGUGCCAACUGUGAAGUUUGGUGGAGGGGGGAUUAUGGUGUGGGGUUAUUUUUCAGGAGCUGGGCUUGGCCCCUUAGUUCCAGUGAAAGGAACUCUGAAUGCUUCAGCAUACCAAGAGAUUUUGGACAAUUCCAUCCUCCCAACUUUGUGGGAACAGUUUGGGGAUGGCCCCUUCCUGUUCCAACAUGACUGCGCACCAGUGCACAAAGCAAGGUCCAUAAAGACAUGGAUGAGCGAGUUUGGUGUGGAAGAACUUGACUGGCCUGCACAGAGUCCUGACCUCAACCCGAUAGAGCACCUUUGGGAUGAAUUAGAAUGAAGACUGCAAGCCAGGCCUUCUCGUCCAACAUCAGUGUCUGACCUCACAAAUGCGCUUCUGGAAGAAUGGUCAAAAAUUCCCAUAAACACACUCCUAAACCUUGUGGAAAGCCUUCCCAGAAGAGUUGAAGCUGUUAUAGCUGCAAAGGGUGGGCCGACGUCAUAUUAAACCCUAUGGAUUAAGAAUGGGAUGUCACUUAAGUUCAUAUGCAUCUAAAGGCAGAUGAGCGAAUACUUUUGGCAAUAUAGUGUAUAUAUAUAUAUAUAUAUAUAUAUAUAUAUAUAUAUAUAUAUAUAUAUAUAUAUAUAUAUAUAUUUAUUUAUUAGAGCUGUCGAUGUUAAUAUACCUUUAACGCCAUUAACGCACGUCCUUAUAUGUCCCUUUUAAUAAACCGUGCAAUUUAUCAAUGUAGCAAAGCAGGGGAACAUUUAGAAUGAAGCAAGCACACAAAAAACACAGUUAGAUAGUGCUUGUAACAUGAUUGCAGCAGCCAUUUGAACACUUGCCUUGCACUGUGCACCAUAGUUUUAGUGCUGGCCAACGGGUCCAGGAAUGAUAAAGUUUGCCGGAUAAAUGUGAAAAAAAGCACGCACAUUUGAAGCUUUGUUAAUUCAGGUACUACACUAAAUUACUUUGAAUUUUGAUCGUAAUAUCAUGUUUGUGCUUAGAUUAAAUGCAAGUAUAAUUAAGAGAAACUGCGUGUUUAGCACUUUCUUCUUUUACUUUUUGCACUUUAUCAUGCAAUAAUACACUGACAUAGGCCUAAUGAAUAAUGUGUCAUUAUACCAGAUUCUCUCCUGUGAAAUCCAAACACAAGUGGUCAAAAAAGAAGCAUAAUAAGACCAGUUAUAAUGGUGAUGUGUCUCGCUUGUCCACUUUUGAUUGAAUCACCCCAAAUGGGUGUGAGCCAUUCUGUUUUGUUGUUUGUUUACAUGUUAUUAUGAAUUAACUCUCCCGUUGAGUUUGUGCAUGAAUUUCGGGAUCUACUCACCUGUUAAUUAACCAAUGCGCUAAAGGAAGAGUUUUAAACUGGCAUGCGAGACAGGAAUAACGCAGGCUGCUUUUGAACUUCGCAAACUGUCGGGAAAGUCCUCUGUGGCAGCGCAGCACAAAUCAUUUUUGAAUUUGUCAGACAUUUCCAGCUAACAGAAACCUUGCUGCGCACAGUCUCCAAGGUCCAAGUCUUCUUGAUCACACUACUGUACAUCCCGAUGGUAAUUACAGAAAAAAGUUAAAACAUUGAGUAAAAUUGCUUAAAUGUGUUAGUUGCCUAGAAGCAAUACUGUGCAACAUUGUGAUUAUGCAGUGAAGUGAGGCACUAUCUGUUUUUUCUUUAAAAUGUUUUUUAUAUAUAUA